AUGAGCUUAUCUCGCUGCAUCGAUCUCUCUAAAACAAGGGAUUUCAUACAUGUUGGCAAUGAAAUAAUUUACUUCACAGAGGCGGAUAAGUCCUUUCGUAUAUUUCUUUACAUUCCUAAGAAAGUGCAAGGAUUCAGUUCAAUUUUUCAAAUUGCAUUUUUGAAAGCAUUAGCUCGACAAUACAAUUUUCCGAAUAUUCAGUUGCUUCUAACUUGGUUGAGAGAUCAAACCUCCAAUGGAAACUUUUUAGUGCAAGCAACCGACACAGAAAAUGUCAGUCUUGUUUUUGGUACGAAUCCGUCAAUUCAGCUGACUUUUCAGCUAUCUCAAACUCAAAGUGAUGCUGACUUAAUUUUAUCGCUUUCUAAAGCACUUAAUUCUAAGCAAGGUUAUUUAGCUGAACUCGAGAAUUCAAAUGCUGCUGCACUUGGUAAAUUAAACGCACAAGAUGCACUCCCAGUUGUUCAAAACAAGAGAAAGAAGCUUGGUAUGAGUUCCACAAAUCCGCAAAGACGUCGAAGAAAACCUGCAACUGGACUUACAUUCGUUUCAGACGACGAUAAUGAUUAA